CUCAGAUGACACCACCCCGCCACCGACCGGGGCAGAAACAAGGGAAGCUCAUUCUCUCUCUGUCUUCGCUGCGGAUGAACUAUGUUUUGACACCGGGACGUGUUCGGGGCUUCAUCAGAUGAAUUAGAGCACCGCGGAAACCUCUCGAGUCUUCACAGUAGCAGUGGGAAUACUUUGAGAACAGUCCGCCGCCUCAGACGCUGACACCCACCGAGCGCCGGUGGCGGAAUGUGAAAACCUCAUUUUGGCGCAUGUUCCUCUCCAUUGUGCGCUGCCUUCUCCUGCUUUCUGGAAAGCGGGGGAGGAGGAGGGACGGCUUUUCCCCCGACUCGAUCCCUUGCCUAUGGACGACGGCGGUCCCCUCUCUCCAAAGGCAAAUGCUUUCAGUAUUGCCUCUCUGAUUUCGGCUGCAGAGCAAGCAGGAAACGCAGCGUUCGACAAACAGAGAACCGGCCUAGACAAGCCAGACCUGCAUAACCACAGUUCCUUUAAAAUGCACUACAGCACAGUGACCCGGGAAAUGGAAGCCAUAUCCAGUCCGUGGCUGACGCAGCUGUCCCAUUUUUGCGAUGUUGCAGCCUUCACGACGAGCAGCCUGAGCAGCCUCAACACGCCGGGGGGCUACCACCUCUCCCCGUCCCCCGGGGACCCCUACAUCCAGCAUGAGGCCCACUUCGAGCCCUGCCCGGCCGCCCAGCACAGCUACAACUACCCGGGCUCUAACCCGGGCCAGGCCCCGCCGAGCGACAGCGGGACUCCCAACUGCUCGUCGUCGUCCUCCAGCUCCACACCGAACAGCAAAGCUAUGGUGAAGAAGAACCCGAAAGUGGCCAACAUCAACGUGCAGCUGGAGAUGAAGGCUUUAUGGGACGAGUUUAAUCAGCUGGGAACGGAGAUGAUCGUCACCAAGGCCGGCAGGAGAAUGUUUCCAACUUUCCAAGUGAAAAUAUUUGGGAUGGAUCCGAUGGCAGACUACAUGCUCCUGAUGGACUUCCUGCCUGUAGACGACAAACGUUACAGGUAUGCUUUCCAUAGCUCCUCGUGGUUAGUGGCGGGUAAAGCGGACCCCGCCACUCCGGGCAGGGUCCACUACCACCCGGACUCUCCAGCCAAAGGCGCACAGUGGAUGAAGCAGAUCGUCUCUUUCGACAAACUCAAGCUCACCAACAACCUGCUGGAUGACAACGGACAUAUCAUUCUGAACUCUAUGCAUCGCUACCAGCCCAGGUUCCAUGUGGUCUACGUGGACCCCCGAAAGGACAGCGAGAAAUACGCAGAGGAGAAUUUCAAGACCUUUGUAUUCGAGGAAACGCGCUUCACGGCGGUCACAGCUUAUCAGAACCACCGGAUCACACAGCUGAAGAUAGCCAGCAACCCUUUUGCAAAGGGCUUCAGGGACUGUGACCCAGAGGACUGGCCCAGGAAUCACAGGCCAGGCUCUCUGCCAAUAAUGAGUGCCUUUGCCAGAACAAGAAACCCAAUGUCAUCUCCACCUCAGCAGAACGGCACAGAGAAAGAGGACAGUAGACGGGAAUAUGAUCGAGACCCCAGCGGCACGCCCAUACACGCUGAUCCGGCUCACCAACUCAUGUCCCGGGUCCUAAGCCCUGCCCUGCCUGUCCCGGGAGGCCUCCACGCCGUCCCGCUCACCAGCGGCCGGCCCAGCCCUCCCCAUGACCUUCGAUCAGACCCCCACACUUUACCCCCGGACACCCUGCACCACCACCCUUACAAGUACCCCACCACCUAUGAACACUACCUGGGCGCCAAGACCAGGCCGUCGCCCUACCCUAUACCCAGCAUCAGAGGACACACAUACCAUCACCACAUGAACCCAGCUACAGCUAAUAUGUACUCAGCCACAAGUGGCCCCUCUAACUACGACUACGGGCCCAGAUAAUGACUGCUGUCCACUGGGGCUAACAGCACGCAGCACUGUGGGGAUGGAAAAAGGCAGGAAAGGUGACACAGUUCUGUCUAUUAGUGGCUUACACAACCUGUGGGUGUGUUACAGGCUGAAACUCCUCUCUGCUGGAUAAAACCCUGCCGUAUUUAUUUAAAGGAAAUGCAUCUUUGGGGUAAACAUGGCCACCUGCUCUGAGCCCUUGACGGGGUCUGAUUUGAACCCUUUGAACCCCAAAGACAACAGCUCCACACCAGGUCGCCUCUUACCUGAGCGGUGCGGACAUUGAGCCAGCAAACACAGGAGACAGGAGGGACCUCUCCUUAUCACAGACAAAACUUUUCAUCACAGACUGGAACUGAUUUUUUUCUUUGUGUUGGAUGCACUUUUUGAUUUGCCUUGUUUUUAUUGCUUUCAAAAAAGCCAUAUGUUAUAUAGUCCAUCAACCUUGUAGGUAGACGAGAUGUUUGCAUGUUGAGCUCAUCAGAGGGGGUGUCGAAACACAUCAAAUGUUUUUGUUUGAGGAAAAAAAAAAAAUUGGAUUUAGAAACAUCCUGAACCUUUUUGAGCCGCUCUGAGAAGCUUGCACCAUGGCACUGACUUGCAGCAAUACAAAGUAAAUAAAUGAAGCAGAAUGACUGUUCUGUAUCUGUAAAAUAAACAUUUAAUUCUUGUAAUUCAUAAAGAGGUUUGUUCUUUGUGCCAACCU